GCAGCACCAGCAGCACCGGCGGCACAGGAACUUGAGAGGCGGCAGUGGGCACGAGCUUUCAGAAGCGCGGAACCCGUUGGUGCCUCGACUCGAGUCGACUCGGAGCGAAGCGAAGCCAACCGGAGCGGAACGAAGUCGGUCGCGUUUCUGCAGCGAGCAGUCUUGCCGGGGAAUUGAUCGGGCACGCGUGCUCGAGGAGGAGGUUCGUCGCGGUACCGGAGAACCUCUCGUCGUCCUCUCGGUUUCCAGAGGCAGCGGGGCGCGCGAUGCUCUGCUCUCUCAGGGGCGCGAUUUCGCCCUCCAGGUGACAGGCCGCCCUCGUCGGGUUAUCUCGUCGUCGGUCAACGGCGACGCGUUUUCACAAACCGGGGACACGAUGGCCGAGCCGGAAACUAUCCCGGCAAAGUCGGCGAACGGUUCUGUCACCGCCCCCGAGGCUCCGACGAGGCGGAGGGUUUUUCCCCCCGAGGAGGACCUCCGGGUCACCUCCGAGGCCGAUCUCCGUGACCUCGACAAGUGCCCUGACAAAUCGGCACCCCUGCUGCGGUGGAACGACAUGCCGAGGCACCUGCAGUUCAACCCUUACAUCUACACCGGGUACAGACCCCUCAUGAAUGUAUGGGGCUGCAUCGCGAGCCUCUUCUACGUGCACAAUGAGACUGUCAACAUUUUGACUCACGGCUUACCGAUCGUCUACAUCCUCGUCACCGUUCCCAGUCUGCUUCCCUGGGGAAGCCAGGGACCCCUUGCCGCCUUUCUAUCCUGGUGUCAUCUGAUCGGGGCGGUCAGUCCGUGGAUCGGUUCUUUCCUCUACCACCUCUUCAUGAACUUGGACAAAGGCGAAGCCACUUACAAGAAGCUCUUGCAAUUGGACAUGCUCGGUAUAUGGAUCAGCCAAAGCUUUGGCGCCCUUCCGAUGAUCGCAGCGUCCGUUCAUUGCUUGCCAGAAACACUCUGGCACUGUUGCCUCCUUGCGUAUAGUGUUCUCAGCUUCUGGGGUCUCCUCAAGGCUAUGAACGCGUGGUCGCCGUGGGAAAGGCGACUGUGCUUUGCGCCCCCAUUCAUGAUGAGGAUGUUCGUACUGACUUUGAGGUACAUCGGAAGUAGCGGUGGAUCACCUACGGCACUGACGCAUCUGGUUUUGCAAGACCUGGUCGCUGUGGCUGGCGGUGCUGUUGGCGCUUUACACGUGCCGGAGAAAUGGGUGCCCGGUAAAGUGGACCUCUUUCUCAACUCGCACAACAUAAUGCACGUGAUGGUGGUUAUGGCGGUUUAUUCGAUGCACGCUGCAACGCUGAGGGACUUGGCAUGGAUGUCAAACCCAUCCGUCUGCAUCGCGGUGCCGACUGCAACGCUGUCUUCGACUCAUGAAGAGCUGUGAUCCAUUCGAUUUAGAAACGCCAUUAUUAUACUUCUAGCAAAGACUUUUGCUGUGAUAGCAGAAGCCACGCAUUUAGUGAAACUUUUCGUGGCUGCGGAAGUAUCUUCCAUCGUUAAGUCUACGAUACCUAUAUAUAUAUAUAUAUAUAUAUAUAAUGUCGGGGAACCCCGGUAAAAAUUUACUUAGCAAAACUCUGCAGAAGCCUUUUUCUAAUUUCUUUUCAAAAAAUACUUUUUUUUGAUUCAUUACGUUUGACUUUUUCUUACCUUGUUUUUGUGUACGUACAGGAUUUUUCAUCAACUUCGUAAUUCUAACCAUUUGUUCAAUUCGACAUUAUUUUUUGACGAACUCUUGUCAAAGUUAUACUUUCGUUUUUCUAUCGCAAAAUUUCUUCGUUUCUCUCUGAAGUUGGCUGUACCGUCUCUUUUUGAAAGUUGGAGAGUCGAAUGAUUGUUUUCAAAAAUCUUUCAAGUCUUCUGUGACUUUUACCUCGUUUUAUUUAUAACAUGCUUAUUUCUCAUUUAGUAUUUCUAAUUUCAGACAAACUUUCGUAAUGGUAAAAAAGAAAGAAAGAAAUGUUUUUCAAUUUUCUCAUUACAUUUCAGAAAUUCCAUAAUGUUCUAACAAUCUGAUUCGGACCCGGUUCAAUUGAUUCUAGUAAAUUUUUUUUGACUCAGGACCGAUGAAUUUUCACCAGAUUCCGUUAAACAUUCGUUUUUACCAACUGAAAUAACUUUAGUAUUUUUUUUUUUUUUGAUUCAACGAGAAGCGAAGAAAUCUUACAUAGAAACGUAUAAACUCGCAGAAAUUGCACGUGAAUAAUGAAGACGCAACAAUGUUGAGAAAUGCAGAGAAGUCGGGACGAUAUUUAAAAAAAGUGUAAAACCUUGCUUCGAAGAACCUGAAGAUAUUUACGAAUAUAAGUUCUUUGCAUGUCUGUGCGAUAUUUUUUCCGUAUACUUACAAUGUUCACAGUAUUAUUUUUCUUCUUUUUAAAUAAUGCAGAGAAAUUUGGUGAGAUAAUUUUUUCCCAUGGCCUGACCCUGACCUUCAAUGUCUGCCUAAUGUUUCAUUAGCUCGCAAACUUUAGUAUAUGAAUCGCAACGAGUUUGCCGAGCAACUCUUGUCACAGAAUAUAAAUUAUUAACUUUUGCUAUGCACGGGUUUGUAUAUAAUUAUAUUAUACAUAGAUAUAUACGUAUAUACAUUAUAUAUAACGGAAGACGGAUUUCCUUAAGUGAAUUAUUCAAUAUUUGGUUAUUUAUUCAAUAUAUCUAUUUAUUUAUUUAUUUAUUACUCAAGCAUGUGAUACCGAUUUUCCCGUUGCAUACCAUUUCUACCAAAGUAGCUUGCCAAAUAAUUUUUUAGCCUACAUUAUUUAAAUCUUUAAUUUAUACACGACGCUGU